AUGGUGAUAAACGUUCUUCUCAGGGGGAAGGAGAGGAGUGGUACUUGUGUAGAGGAGCAGCUGUCCUGCUGUACUUUGUGUCAGCACAUCCUGAAGGAUCCAUUUUCUACCAGCUGUGGCCACUGGUUCUGCAGACGGUGUAUCACAUCAUACUGGGACCAGUCUGCUGCUUCAGGACGCUCCUCCUGUCCCCAGUGUGGAGAAAGAUCCAAAACAAGAUCUGGAAUGCAGACAGCCAAUCAAACAUGCUUAGUACAAGCAGAUUCUGGUCUGCAGGAGGUUUUAGAUGGACACAAGCUCAGUCUGAGGAAGAGAUGUGAAUAUGUGAGUAAAGAAAGUGGUGACAAAGGAAGUAGAACCCUCCUCAACAGGAUCUACACUGAGCUCUACAUCACAGAGGGACAGAGUGAAGAGGUUAAUACCCAACAUGAGGUUAGGCAGCUGGAGGCAGCCUCCAAGAUCAAGAGCCUUCAUGACACUCCAAUCAGGUGCCACGACAUCUUUAAACCUGACCAACAUGGAGCCAUCAGAGUGGUUCUGACAAAUGGUGUUGCUGGUGUUGGAAAAACCUUCUCAGUGCAGAAGUUCACUCUGGACUGGGCCGAGGGCUUGGAGAACCAAGAUGUCAGUGUGGUGAUUCUGCUUUCAUUCAGGGAGCUGAACUUGAUCAGAGAUGAGCAGUACAGUCUUCUCACACUGAUCCAUGAUUUCCAUCCAUCAUUAAAGAAGCUCCCAGCAGAGAAGCUGUCUGUCUGUAAACUUCUCUUCAUCUUUGAUGGUCUGGAUGAAAAUAGACUUUCAUUGGAUCUCACCAACAGAAAUGUUGUGACUGACGUCACACAGAAGUCAUCAGUCAAUGUGCUGCUGACAAACCUCAUCAAGGGGAGUCUGCUUCCCUCGGCUCUGGUCUGGAUAACAUCCCGACCUGCAGCAGCCAAACAGAUCCCUCCUUCAUGUGUUGACAGGGUGACAGAAGUACGAGGGUUCACUGAUACCCAGAAGGAGGAGUACUUCAGGAGGAGGUUCAUUGAUGGAGAUUUGUCCAGCAGAAUCAUCUCCCACAUCAAGACCUCCAGGAGCCUCCACAUCAUGUGUGGAAUCCCAGUCUUCUGCUGGAUCACUGCUACAGUUCUGGAGCACAUGUUGACCACAGAGCAGAAGGAACUGCCCAAGACCAUGACUGACAUGUACUCACAUUUCCUGCUGGUUCAGACAAAAAUAAAGAAGAACAAGUACCAUGAAGGACAUGAGACAGGUUCACAGGAGCUGACAGAGGCUGACAAAGAUGUGCUUCUGAAGCUGGGGAGGCUGGCUUAUGAACAUCUGGAAAAAGGAAACAUCUUGUUCUACCAAGAAGACCUACAGCAAUGUUGUCUUGAUGUAACAGAUGCCUCGAUGUACUCAGGAGUUUGUACAGAGAUCUUUAAACGAGAAUGUGUGAUCUUCCAAAAACCAGUUUAUAGCUUUGUUCAUUUGAGUGUUCAGGAGUUUUUGGCUUCAGUCUACAUGUUCCACUGUUUGCGCAAGUGGAACACUAAAGUGAUGCAAAGCUUCCUGGGAGAAGACUACAAUUACCCAUCAUUGGAUGACUUUUUGCACAGUGUCAUGGAGAAAUCUAUUAGAAGCAAAAAUGGCCACCUGGACCUGUUUGUUCGCUUCCUUCAUGGUCUCUGUGUGGAGUCCAACCAGAGACUUUUAGGAGGCCUCCUGGGUCAGACGGGUUACAGUCCAGAAAUCCUCCAGAGAGUCAUCAACAACCUGAAGAAGAUAAACACUGAUUAUUUUUCUCCAGACAGAGAUCCUGAGAGAUGCAUCAACAUUUUUCAUUGUCUAAUGGAGAUGAAAGACCUCUCAGUCCAUCAGGAGAUCCAGGAGUUCCUGGAGUCGAAAAACAGAUCCAAGAGGAAACUCUCAGAGAUCCAGUGUUCAGCUCUGGCCUACAUGCUUCAGAUGUCAGAGGAGGUUCUGGAUGAGUUGGACCUGAAGAAAUACAACACAUCAAAUAAGGGACGACUGAGAAUGAUUCCAGCUGUUAAGAAUUGCAGAAAAGCUCUACUUGGUUCUUGCCAGCUCUCAGUAUCUCACUGUGAAGUUGUGGCCUCAGCUCUGAACUCCAACCCCUCCUAUCUAACACAACUCGACCUGAGUAACAACAAUCUGAAAGAAUCUGGAGUCAAGCAUCUGUGUUCUGGACUGGAGAGUCCCAACUGUAGACUGGAAACUUUGAGAUUAGAGAAAUGCACUCUGUCAGAGAUCAGUUGUUCUUUUCUGGUCUCAGCUCUGAAGUCCAACUCCUUCCAUCUGACAGACCUGGAUCUGAGCAGGAACAGCCUGUCUGAUGGUGAAGUCAGGGAGUUCUGUGGAUUUCUGGAGAGUCCUAACUGUAGGCUGAAACGUCUGAGACUGGAAUGCUGCUGGUUGUCGAAGAUCAGCUGUUCGUGUUUGAUUUCAGCUCUGAAGUCCAACCCCUCCCAUCUGACAGACCUGGACCUGAGUGGGAAUGACCUGUUUGACUCUGGAGCGAUGGAGCUCUGUGGUUUUCUGGAGAGUCCACACUGUAGACUGAUAACUCUGAGACUGGAGAACUCUUGGUUGUCAGAGGACAGCUGUGUUCAUCUGGGCUCAGCUCUGAAGUCCAACCCCCUUCAUCUGACCGAACUAAACCUGAGUGGAAACAAACUGAAAAAACUGAAGGAGCUCUGUGGCUUUCUGGAGAGUCCACACUGUAGACUGAACACUCUCAGACUGAGGACAUGCAGGUUGUCAAAGUUCAGCUGUUCUGCUCUGGCCUCAGCUCUGAAAUGCAAUCCCUCCUAUCUGACAUGCCUGGACCUGACUGGAAACAAAAACAUGGGGGAUUCUGGAGUGAGGAAACUCUGUCAUUUUCUGAAAACUCCACAGUGUAAACUGAAGACUCUGAGAUUGGAACGCUGCAAGCUAACAGAGAUCAGCUGCUUUUGUUUGGUCUCAGCUCUGAAGUCCAACCCAUCCCAUUUGACAGACUUAGAUCUGAGUAACAACUACAAUCUUGAGGAUCCUGGAGUGAAGGAGAUCUGUGGUUUCCUGGAGAGUCCAUACUGUGAACUGAACACUCUGAGAUUGAGGACCUGCAAAUUGUCACGGCUCAGCUGUUCUGCUCUGGUCUCAGCCCUGAAGUCCAAUCCCUCCCGUCUCACACAACUGGACCUGAGCAACAACAGCUUGCAGGAUUCAGAUGUUCGGCAGCUGUUGGAUCUGGUGAAGAGUCCUGACUACAAAUUGGAGUCUCUGAGGACCAAAACCAAACCGAGUUGGCUGUGGGGGACUUCGUCUUCAAUAGAGCCGUUCACAGCCUCGGUGAGCAGCCCGUUACCUUUAAACGAAGGACUGUCCACCUCUGUGGGAAUCGCUGUGUUUCGUCUGGAGAAGCCGCUCUGA